GUUGGUCCACUUCGUGAUCUAAAGUAUAGUUCGGAAAGAUUAGAAUUGGUAGAAGCUGAUCUUGAAUGUGCUGAUCAUUGGCCAAGAGCAGUUGAAGAAUGUACAUAUAUUAUGCAUAUUGCAUCACCUUGGCCUAUUGUAGCUGAUGAGGCAACUAUAAAAAUAGCCAAGAAUGGUACUUUAAAUGUAUUAAAAGCUGCUGCACAAUGUAGUACGAUCCAAAAAAUUGUACUAACUAGUAGUACAGCUGCUAUAAACGGUAAUUCCCAAUAA